UGGAGCUCGUUUGACAGCACACAGUGUUUGUGUUUAAAAAUAUCGCGAAAUUCCGAGAUUUAAUGAUAACAUGCACAUCGAAUUGUCAAAAACAGGUGUGUAAGUGUAGUGCCCACCGUUUUCGGCAAGAGUUCUGUCAAAACAUCGCCCACUUCACUCACGAAACCGAAAACAACUACUGACCCCCUGAAAUAGAUUUACACCUGUGCCCGAUAAAUCAAACGGAACCGGAGAAAAUGCUCGUCUGACGGCUGGUAUGGCUUCACCCGCAGUUUUCUGUGUCAAUCUACAGCUAAAUUCCAAACCCUCAACAUCUAACCAAGUGAAGGACCCCAAAACCGACAAGCCAAUGCACAACACAAAUGCAAAGCUGGUCCGCGCCCUCACCAACAACCUUUCCGACUCGCGGCCGUCCGGGGCCGAGGUGAACCGCGGCAAUAUAAUCCUGGUGAGGGGCGCGAAGACGUCCGACGGCGGCCACAUACUCCUGCGUACCGAUAGCCUGCCGACGUCGAAGACCAGCUUGGUCCUCGAAGAGGGCGACCACGGAAAGCUGGGCCAGAUCUUCAUUCAGCAAAGCGACCUCGCCGAGGGCGUUCUGCUGCAGUCGGUCAAGCGUCUGGGGGGCGGGACGCCGAUCUUUCUGCUGAGCGGCAACGAUAACGGAAAUGGACAUUUUCUCAUACAGACCACGAGCGCGGAGGAUGUGCACAGUGUCGCUGAUAUCGGGGAGGAACAGGGAGGAGAUAACAUCCUGUUGCAGGCUUUGGAGGGAUUGCAAGAUAACGAAACGAGCAACAGCAGGGGCAUUUCGACACCAAUUGGAUCAGAUGGAGAGCCCAUCAAACUACCUGAAAAUUUGGAGAGUCUUCCCCGGGCCGACCAUUUCCCGACACAAAGACAUAGGUGGAACACCAACGAGGAAAUCGCAGCCAUCCUUAUCAGCUUCGAUCGGCACGCGGAAUGGCAGAGCAAGGAGGUCAAGAUCAGACCGAAAAGCGGUUCCAUGCUCUUGUACAGCCGAAAGAAAGUGAGGUAUCGUAGAGACGGCUACUGCUGGAAGAAGCGGAAAGACGGCAAGACAACUCGCGAGGAUCACAUGAAGCUGAAAGUGCAAGGGACCGAGUGCAUCUACGGCUGCUACGUUCAUUCGGCGAUAUUGCCAACGUUUCAUCGGCGGUGUUAUUGGCUUCUUCAGGUAAACCCGGACAUAGUUCUAGUCCAUUAUUUGAACGUUCCAUAUCCGGACGACAACAAACUGGCCGUGAUAACCCCAAGUUUGGCCCUCUGGGCUGACAAGAAGGAGUGGACUAAAGAUGAACUGGUCUCUCAACUCAAGCCGAUGUUUUUCAGCGAAGACGAGCCUGACUUAAACAACGAAUUAGAAAUAUCGAAUUUUAAAUUGCAGACUGCUGAAACCGUAGAAGCUAUAGUUAGUCAAUUAAUGGAAAAACAACGCGUGGCCCGCCAAGCCGCUUUAGUCAAACAGUUAGAAUGCGGUUGUCCCGAUUCGACGUGUGCCGAUGGCAAAAGCUGCUCGCACCCGAUGCGAAGGAUAACUUCUGCGAAAGAUGUCGCUUCGCCUUUGCCCAGCUCCAGUUCGAAUUCCAGACCUCCGAGCAGCGCCGAUAAUAAUAAUCAAGUUUCUUCGACUACCGGUUCGGGAUCUAUGCUCUUGACUAAUAAUAAUUCUCCAAGGGUUUAUUCGAGGGAGCCGAGGAACCAUCAGACCGGGGGUAAUUGUUCAUCUAGCUCAGGGAACACGCCACCUUUGGUGUUGAGUCUGAGUCAGAUUCAAGGAGGCGGAGGUCUUCUUAUUCUGAACAGCAAUUCCAGUAGUUCUCCUAAUAAUAGUAACCAUCAGAAUCUGGUAACGCCGGUUUCUGUGGCUAACUUCGUGUGCAAUACAAAUAGAGGAAUGAAGAACGAGGCGAGGAACGGUCAUUUGGUUUUGAAGCAAGAAGUCAUGGACACAAAUCCGUCUUCUUGUUGUCACCCUUCUUCCAAACAAGACAACAAAGCCAACCAAAGAGAAACUAAAAUGGAGGUUAACGAAAACAUGAGACAAUCAGUAUUUGAUAGCAUUUCGUACAGCAGACAUCAGCAGCAGCAGCACCAGACUGAGGUAGUAAUGUCAAGCGCCCCUUCCACUCCAUCCAAACACAUGGACACGAGCCAUGAAGAAGUGAUAGACGACUACAAGCAUCAGAACUUCUGUGGUGAUACAGUGGUUCUUUUGGGAACUGAUUCUAGUGGAUCUUUAGUUAGCAAAAGCGACGGUUCUUCCAUUAUCAACGGCGGGUUUUUCAACGAAACCCUCGACUUAUCUCAAGAGGACAUCCAGAGAACCCUCUCCGCCAACAUGCCUCUGUGUUCAACCGAAUUAGACACACACCAACGGCACAAUUCCGAAACCAACACCACCAACCAGAGCAAGGUCCAGACCGAGCAGCAGAACAUGACCCAGGAGAUCAACCCGAUGGACUUCAUCGACAGUUGCGACGUCGUGGUGUCGCCGACCCACGUUGUCGACGACGACGUCUUCGUCAACCUCGACGCCUUCGAUAUGCUGGGGGAGUUCCCCGACCUGGAGGCGCUCGACUCUGGGCAAGCUGCACUCCUAGAUGUCAAUCCGUCCGGCGGCCACAGGCACGAGAAGAAUCACAGCGAGCAGACUUCCAACAACAACUCGAUGGAGGGAUCCGCGAAGAUCACCGAUUACUCUCCGGAGUGGGCCUAUCCGGAAGGAGGCGUGAAGGUGUUGGUGACGGGACCGUGGCACUCAUCGGGUCCUUACACGGUACUUUUCGAUACAUUCCCUGUGCCCACGACUUUGGUUCAAAGCGGGGUUUUACGUUGCUACUGUCCAGCUCAUGAAGCCGGACUGGCGACACUUCAAGUAGCGUGUGAUGGUUAUGUGAUUUCCAAUUCUGUGAUAUUCGAAUACAAGUUACCACCCAGGGAAGAGCAGGUCGCUGCUCCUGAACCCAAAAUCGAAAGGUCGAAUGACAAUUUACUUAAGUUUACGCUUUUACAAAGGUUAGAGGCCAUGGAUGACAGACUGCAGAUCAAACAAGAACCGACCGACGGCUCUGACUGCGUGGAGGAUACGGCUCUCUUCUCCCAACCGAACUUUGAAGACCGCCUCGUCACCUUUUGUCAGAACAUGACUUCCCGGAUAUGGAGCCACGGCGAAGAAUUGAGCGUUUCAUGGUUCGCAAGCCACAGAGGCAUGACUCUAUUACACUUAGCGGCGUCCUUAGGUUACUCCCGUUUGGUGUGCGCCAUGCUUCAUUGGCGUGCGGAAAACUCGUCCUUAUUAUUAGAAACCGAAGUCGACGCUCUGAGCCAGGACGAAGACGGUUACACUCCAUUAAUGUGGGCAUGUGCCCGCGGCCACACAGAAACGGCAAUUAUGUUGUACAAAUGGAACCACACGGCGCUCAACAUGAAGAAUACGUCCAAUCAAACGGCGUUGGAGUGCGCCAAAAACAACAGUCAUCACGAACUAGUGAAAGAACUCGAAAAGCUCGAGCUGAGGCGCGACAAGGCUAAUAUGAUGUUGCAUUCCUCGAACAGCUUUUGCACAGAGUCCCCGACGGUCAUCUCGCCGGCGAGCUCGGUGGCAUCGCUAGCUUCGAUCGCCUCCACGAGCAAAUCGCACGACGGAGUGUUCCUGAGACCUGGAGCCGUCACCAGGAGCGAGUCCCAGAAGUACAAGAUGCUUAACAUCGACCUCGAUUCCGACUCGAACAUCAUCGGCAGCAACAAGAUGUUGGGUUCGAUGCCGAGCCCGCUACUGUCGGACUCUUCGGCGAGCACGAGAGGUAGCAACGGGCAGAAGCUUAUCAAAAGGCCUUCUAUCGACAGCGGCAUCCACAUGAGCUGCGGGUCAGAGUCGUCGAAGUCGAAGAGCUCCCGGUUGUUCAGCUCGCCCAGGCAGUCCAAGUUCGACAGGAGCAUGUCGUUGCCUCUGCACUCGCCUUUGUCAACUCGAGACAACUCGUUCGACAGCGAGUCAGCCGAAUCGACUGGAAGAAAAAUGGAUUUCGCUCUAUGCGAGAUAGGGAGUGGACCGAGAAGCAGUAGUCCCCUGAUUGAUGUGGAGGCAGUGUCUGAUGACGAAAGUGACAUCCACAACAGUGCCGUAGGGGAGCAAGACGCUCGAGUGUUGACCUUAGCCGAGCAAAUCAUCGCGGCGAUUCCCGAAAGGAUCAAGAACGAGAGCAGCGAUGAGAUGCUUUUGGACACGAGCCCCGGACCCCCGGACACUUUGCAGCCGAACGACACCCUCUCGGACGUUUUUAUGGAGCCUCUGCUGGACCAAUCGUCGUCGAGUUUCGAGUCCAACGAGUUCAACUUCGAGUUCUCGGACCACAACUAUCGCUACUAUGAUGUGGGGACGCCUUGCUCGAGCCUAAGUCCGGCCUCGUCGAGUUGUUUACAGUCUCCUUGUUCCUUCACGCUCGACUCGCCGUCCCCGCCGCCCACCACGGCGGACUUUUGCGAGUUUUUCCAGGCUUCCGGAAGCGUCUUCGAAAAGGAUUUCUCGAAUCUGACACUCUCAGAUCGCGAGCAGAGGGAGCUGUACGAGGCGGCGAAGAUCAUCCAGAAGGCCUACAGGUCGUACAAGGGGCGGCUCCAGCAGGAACAGGACAAGGAAAGGACAGCCGCCAUAGUGAUCCAAAACUAUUACAGACGUUACAAGCAGUACGCGUAUUACAAACAAAUGACGCACGCUGCAAUGGUGAUACAGAACGGGUACCGGUCUUACUGCGAGCAUAAACGUUUCAAGAAGAGCCAGGAAGCCGCCGUUUGCAUCCAGAACUAUUACCGUAACUACAAGGAGCAGGGGGGAAGGGGAAGCCGAGAGGGAACACCCGCUUCCGGGUUAAAACGUACAUAUUCGCAAAGGCGUCAACACCAAGCCGCUAGGAAGAUCCAGCAAUUCAUGAGGCAGUCGAAAAACAAUAUUUGGGAUGAGAAUAUGGGAAGUGUGGUUACAGAGAGAACGAGCCGAAAGAGAGAAGCAGGGGGGCCCGUCAGCGGAUGCCCAUCAAAAGUCACCGUCUCAAGGGGGCUCCUCCACUUGCAUAGGCCCAAAUAACAGGUCCGUACUGCCGUGGACUAGAAAGAAUUGAAAUUUGACAAGAACGACACGAUUGUCAAAUUUCGAAGAUGCGGGUGUGUUUAGCGUGUUUGGUUUCUUGCUAGCGAUCGAAGCGAGGAUUGCAGUGAGAAUGUAGGUUUGUGUUUUGUUGCAGAUCAGGUAGUACCAACUUUAUAGAAGACCAAAGAAAUAUCAGUGAGAAAAAAUGAAGAUGGUUCAAGACAGGCUUUGAGUACUUAGCUUAACAGACAUCUAAAUAACGCAUCUAACAGAUUUCUAAGUAGUCGUGAGUCUUGAUAAUCAAUCAAUCUCUUAAAAGAAUUAAUUUGUAAAUUAACUGCAAAAGUAGUCGUUAUCCUAUAAUUAUACUCUGAUAUGUACUUAUAUCUUUACAAUGUCUAUUUUUGGCUGUUAUUUGGUAAUUUUCAUGCAUUUAAAACGAAUGCAAGGAUCGACAACAAAAGUGAGAUGAUUUUAGACGUUGUACGAAAUUUUAUUAUUCUGAUUAUGGAUUCAAAGCUGUGAUUGUAGUUUGGUUACACAUUUUUCAAGGUAAACAAUCCGCCAUUGUGCAGAACAAUCAUGAUACUUGAACAUUUGAUGAGUUUCUUUCAUUUCAUAUUACCUUGAAAAACUGUUUUGCCGAAAAUAGAAAAUUCUAGUCCUAGUGUAGUUAAUAGUCUUAUUUAUAUCACCUUUGAAAUGUAAACAGUUUUCAUUUGUUAUACCAGUGGAUGUUUUUGUACUUAAACUCGGACUUUGACUAAUUUCUUAACUAUUUUCACUGCCACAGUAGCGUAGUUUCUUACAGAUUAGUUGCAGAUUAUUAAACCAAAAAUUCAGAGUCGAUAAAGCAAUACACAAACUAUUAAGUUAUUCCAAGAGUAGUACUUAAGAGUUAAACUCUAAAAAAAAGAAAAUAAGUUCUGUAAAGCUCAUACAUAUCAUUCUAGUGUUUAAUACGUAACUAUUAUUGUAAAUGAACCUGCUGUACAAUGAAGGAUUUUCUAGAAAACGCUGUAAAUAAAUAGUUCUGUUUGUGUAUUGCAUACGAAAUAAUAUAUUGGUGCUCAAGUAUAUGUAUGCACAAAUUCAUUUCAAUUACUUUUCUUUAGUCAAUUAAGGUGAGGGAGCUUUUAAUUCGACAUUCAAGUACCUGCAGGCAGGAUUAAGUUGUAUAAUAAAGAUGUAAAGAAAAUCCCUCCUCUGUAAAUAGCUGUUGUUUGUUUUUGAAAUUUUAUCGUUUCAAAGCUGAAUAUAUAUUUCUUCUACAACAUGAAAAAAACAAAAAACAGUACAUAAGUAUUAUGUAAAUUUUAAUGUUGAUAUUUAUACAUAAAGAGGCUUACAAUUUUUAAUCUUAUUGCAUCUUUAGAUGAUUAUAUAUGUAGUUUUGCAAUUUGAACCGUAGGUAGAAAUAUUUUAGACGAUAUCAGAUUUUCAAAAAAAAAAAGUAAAAAUAUUUUUUAAUCAAAUAUCUUGUCCAGAAUGAUUGGUUUUCGUAUGGACGUGCGCAUGAUCACAUGUAGAAAUAUUGCUUUAGCUUCUUACUUUACUUUCUUUUUUGUUCAAGGAUGUAAGACAAGUGCAGGCCUAAGAUUCAGUUCCAAAUUUCGUUGAACACUAAAUACAAUCAAAAAUCCAAACAAUCUUUAGUAAUAAUAGUGGCGUGUUUGGGGAAUAACUGAAAGGCUGACUAACUGUACAUAUUUUUAUUGGGUGGUCAUUCGCUGGAUCUUUAAAUUUUGUAAAAGAUUUAAAGUGAAAAAAAUACAUAACAACACCAAAAAAUAUCGAAAAUUGUAAAUUUGUAUUUUAAAUCAGUAUCUAUAUAGGGAUAAAGUUUUAUUGACUAUUUAAAUUAAAUUUUAUAUCUAUGAGACAUUACAUUACCUACAAAGUGUAUUUAAUAUACUGUAGAGAGUGAGUUUAAUUUAGCCAAAAUUACAUUAAGUUCUAUUUAUUGGACAUUUAAGCUUUAAACCUCCUACUUAAAUACAGUUUAAAAAUCUGUAGUAUUUAUUGAGUAGAUAAUUUUUGACUAUUAUUCUUAGGCAGAGUGCUGGUUAUUUUCGAUGAUAUGUUGUGUAUAAAACGAUGAUGCAAGGAAAAUAAUCAGUAUUCGGAUAGUUGUAGCUGCACAGUACCUAUAUCUAUAUUUACUUGUUCAUAAUCCAUUUAGGAAUUUCAAAUUGUUAUAUACACACUUCAAUACACAUGUAUAUUUGUGACGAUAUACAUGUCUCACUGUAUUUUACAAUGGUUACUGCACUCAAAAUGGUUACUGUCCUGCGUUAUUCUAUCCUCUUCUAUUUUUAACUAGGUUAAGGUUGUUGUUACUUUAUAUUGGCUCUUGUCAUUCCAUUUCAUUAGUGACGUUGUUCAAAUUUCAUAUUUUGAUACUAUAUGUAUUUUAUAAUAUUGAUUGUAUUGUUUCAAAUUUUAGUAUCUUCAUAGUUUACUUGUUACUUUUUCGAUCGUUUAUUAGAGUGCAGUUGUUCAACUAUUGUUACAUAUUAUUGUGA